UCAAAAUUAAAAUAGAAGGAAAGCAAUUUCCGGGAAGGGUUUUUGUUACCGAGACAAAGGCAUCGCAUUUUUGCAUCACAGUUGCCUGCCUCCGCAAUCUAAAGAAAUAACUCCAUUUCUGUUGAAGAGAGAGAGAGAAAGAAAAUGAGUGGUGCUGGAAAGAAGAUCAUCGAUGGAGCCUUCAAGGUCUCCAAAAACAUCGAUUGGGAAGGCAUGGCUAAGCUUCUUGUCUCUGACGAGGCUCGCAAGGAGUUCUUCACUCUUCGUCGCGCUUUCGAUGAAGUCAAUACUCAACUUCAGACCAAGUUUAGCCAGGAACCUGAGCCGAUAGACUGGGAAUAUUACAGAAAAGGAAUUGGCAAUAAAUUGGUAGAUAUGUACAAGGAAGCGUACGAUGGCAUCGAGAUUCCAAAGUAUGUGGACAAAGUUACACCAGAGUACAAGCCAAAAUUUGAGUCCCUGUUGGUGGAACUAAAAGAAGCAGAAGAAAAAUCUCUGAAAGAGUCUGAAAGAUUAGAAAAAGAAAUAGCAGAUGUGCAGGAGCUGAAGAGAAAGUUGAGUACCAUGACUGCGGAUGAAUACUUUGAGAAGCAUCCCGAGCUGAGGAAGAAGUUUGAUGAUGAGAUUCGCAACGAUUACUGGGGUUAUUAGUGAUUUUUUCGUUUGCUGAUUCUUCAAUCUCCUGCUUAGGAUGAACAUGUUGAGAUCAUGUUCAAUCGAUUAGCAUAUAAUAAAUUAACAAAUAUUUGCCCUUUUUUUUGAUGCCACAUGGAAAAUAUUUCCCUCAUUCUGCUGUAUUUGUAUUUUGUGGUGCUUGCAAUGCAUGAUGCCUUGGUACAAAAGCGUGAAGGCCAAAUACUAUUUUUGGAUGUAAUUUUUUUGAAAAAAGAUCUCCGUUCUGCU